AUGGACUUGCCGUCCACAUCGCGGCGCAAGCCCGGCACAGUCACAUACGCCAAGCGCGAUCGAACUCCAGCAAAUAGCGCUCAGUCGUCACCAGCGACCGCUGGUUCCUCCUUCGCUGCCGCUGCUGCUCCGGCUACAAAUAGCGCCUCUGCCUCGAGCGCUUCCUACGGCGACGAAGCUGGGCCUUCCGAUGUACUUUCUGGACGCAAGCAUGCCUUGUUCGCCGCUACCUCCCCCAGUCGUGCGCCAUCAUCGCCGACCCCCCGACCGAGCAAUGUCAGUCCCAAGAAUCGCAUCGAACAUGCUUCUACAAGUCCAACUGCGCAGGCCCCAUCCUCGUCUCGAGCAGCAUUGAUCUCAAGGUCCGCCUCAUCCAUCACCCCAGGCCUCUUUCCUAAACCCGGCUGUUCGUCAUCGUCAUCGAAGCUCAACUCCACCAAAUCACUUCCGCAUCGUCCACCAAGAGCGGCUUCUCCCACUCCAUCCAAGUCGAGCCGCUCACCUACUAAGAGAAGCGCCAGCACCUCGCCAAGAAAGCUGACAUCCUCCAUCCCUCCAAACAAACGGCUCGCCUUCGCACGCACGCCGUCGCGUCCACCACAAGAUCUUGCCAGCCUCUUUGACGCCAUCGAGCCGACCUUGCCUCAGCCCCGCUCUCCUUUCGCUCGCAGCGAGAGCUCGCCCACCGUCCAACUCCACCAGCAACGUGACAACGACGAAGUUUCGCUUACCACCGCCCCUGUGUUCGCCCCGAGUCCUCUUCAAUCGCCUACUCUGCCAACGAUUGGCUUCGAUGACAUUGGCGAACUGCCGUCACCUGACGCAUCCACGAGCCCCUCAAAGCGGCCCAGAAUGGCGGAUCGGAUGGCACCUAGAUCCAUACGCCCUACCAAAUCCAAAGUAGAUGAAAUCACAGAUGUCCUCACUCAUUCCAGGCGUGGAUCCCUCCGCAGGAUCGAGACCGCGCCGUCGCUCAUUUCGGAUACGAGUCCUGUUGCACCUUUCCCCUCGGACCCAGUUCGUCCAGCUUCACUCAGGGCCAAAGAGGACGAGUCCAGGAGCGCUCGUCAGUCCGAGGCGGACUCCGUUCUCCUCGAUGUCGCCUCGCAAACCGAUAGUCAAUCUCAGGAAGGCGCCAACUCGUCCUCUGGCGCUCGUAGGCUGGCUGGCAUGAAGCAAUCGUCAGCGGGCAACGCCAAACGCACUUAUGGCCUGCAGCGCAGCUUCCUGGCAGAUCAGGUGGAUGACCAUCUCCUUUCCGCAUCGGCGGGCCCCAACGUCAAGCCCAGCAACAUCGAAGACGAGAUCGAAGCAGAGCUCAAGGGCAACGGCACCACGUUGAACAAGCCAUCCGAACUGAAAACGCCUGCUGGAAAUUUGGUGCCGGAUCCUGCAAGUACAGCACCGCGCGAAAGCUAUGCCGAACUUCUCAGAAAGUGGGGCGAGGGUGCGGAUGACAUCGAAUGGGACGAGUCGCAGGAUCCUUCGCUCAAUCUCAAGUCCAUUACCUCACUCCGAUCUCAGGGCGAGCUUCGACGCUUCAACGACGACCUCGAAUACCUCUUCUCCGGUCUCGAUGCCUCUCAAGCUCUGUCCAUCCGCCAAAGUUCCGCCGUCGAGCUUGUCAACGCUCUCUGCGGCAAGCCCGAUACCGGCGGCCUCGGUGACGAUGAUGCCACCAGCGAGGCGGACGAGGAUAACGACGACGUCGAAGAUCCGCUCGCCUCUGCUCAGUCUGCCGAUUUCCUGCGCAAGCUCAAGGCUUCCGAUCUCAUUGCACGGCUCUUCGACCUGUUCACAGGCGCACAAGCUGGCGAGGGUGUCGACAGUAUUUUGGAUGCUGCCUUCACCAUCUACCUUGCCAAGCUGCUGCGCUCGGCAUCGUCAGCGGAGCCCCUCGCCCGUGAACGCUGGCUUCAGCUCUACACCACUCUCCGCGACCUGCUGAUGCGAUCAGACCGAGUCAAUCGCCACGACCGCAAGGACGGCUUCGCUCUACUGCGCCUGCACAACCUUAAGGUGCUCAAGAUUGCGUCCAAGUCCGAACGCAGAAACCUCGCCGAGCUUCGAGACGUUGCGCGCAUCUCCAAGCUCUUUCUUGCUGGUUCCAAGAGCUGGACGUUGCGCAAUCUGGUGCUCGCAGCUUGUUGCUCACUCGUCGAUCUGCCUCGUCGUCUGUUAACCGAGGCUGCUAUCCGUGAUUUGCUGGUCGAUGCGAGGAGCCCGGAAGACCGCUCGCAAGCUUCUCCGCUCUUUCAAACGGUGCUCAGCGUGUUGGUCUCGGACGGCGUCAAGGCCUCACAACGCCUGGUCGACUUCGCCAAAGGUCUUGAGCUCCUAGCACCUGCUGCUGUCGAGAUCAUCCCCGAUCUGGAUACGGUCGAUCUGUGCAUCCGCUUCCUGGACAGAGGCAUGGACAUUCUCUACCUCGAGCUAGACCAAGCUGUCCCUGCAUCCAAUGAAAUUCUGGAUGCGUUGCAGCAUCUUGCCAGCUUUGCUAUUCAAGCCGCUCCUCUGGGUCUUGGGACAGAAGAUUCUCGUGCUGUGCGCGACCGUCGCACGGGACGCCGCGCUCUGCAAGUCUUGCACGGCAUUUUCAAGACACUGUUGGACCUGAGUCAGGUCGAUGCAAACUGGAGCGAGUCCCUAGCAUCGUCGCAGUCUCUUCAAUUGUCCGUUAUGCGAGCAUUCUCCCUCAGCUAUCGCAGUGCGUCGUCAGUCCGGCAGGCGACCUCGCAAUCCGACGGGUUCAGGCGAAAGAACGGCAACGCCGUGAGUGACGAAACUCGAAAGCUGGAUGCAGCGCUAUUCGACGACGUCGUGCAUCUCUCUCUUGCACUGCUUACCAACUUGCUCAUUAAGCAGCUCGACAAAGCGCGUGAUACCCUGCAACAGCUCCGCCUGGAUCCGACCUGCUGGCGUCGACGAGCUUGCACUACCAGCUGUACCUGCGACACUAGCCUGCCCGCACUCCAGCUGCUUGCCCGCGUCUUUUUCGAGACUCGCAUCGCUGCAGCGAGCCACGACGAUAGCCACGCAGCCUAUCUUUCCAAUUCGAUCGCCACUGCCAUCGCCCAAUUCGCGAUGGGUGGCUCUGCUCGCCUCGACACGUGUCGAGCUGCUCUCGAUGCAGAACUGCCUUCCUCGAAAAGCAAGGCUGGUGUUCUCGCUGUCAUCAAGGAAGAUGGAUUCACGACGCUGCUGGAUGCGGUGGAAGAAUUUGCAGUGGUGCAUGAGGCCGCUUUGCAUGCCGAGAGGGCGCGUGCAGCGCACUCCAUCGACGCAGGUAUGGAUAUCGCCACGAAGCAGAUAGCUGGGGCAGAGGCAGUUUUGGAACCUGUGGACGGGCAAGGCGAUAGCAAUCCGACCUCGGUCGCUGCUGAAGCGGGUCAGCUCAUCAAAGAUUUGGCUAGCUCGCUUCGGCAGAUGAUCUAG